AUAUAACCCAUUUUUCUUCUUGUCCCUUUUUUGUAAUCAAUGUGACGAGUUAAUAUUUGACAACGUGGCUGUGUUAACUAGGUCUGCUCUUUCUUCAGCAGACGAGGAUUUAGUUUUAUGUUAGUUACAGCUGUUAGGGGGAGAAAGUGUGAGGAUAAGAGGGGAGUAAAAAGUACAGCAGAGGAAAAAAUCUGAUAUGUGAGUGUGAGCAGUGGCGUGUACAUGCUUUUCAGGGGCGAGGUAGGCCCCAGCUUGCGCCUUAUCUGUCAUCAUUACAUUCAAGUUACACUUGUUUUUCAGAAAGCUAAAUAUGUGAAGUAUUUACCUGAAGUCUUUUAGCUUUUUGUCUAUUUUUGAUCAAAGCCAAAAACUGGUUUUGUCGUGCAGGUUUAGGUGAUCUGAGAAUGUUUAUUCUUCUGAAUCUAAAAAACCUGUUUGACAUAAUUAACAUGAUGACAGAUCGCAGGUUGUUGGUGUUUGCAGGAAGAGAUUUCAUGUUUCAGAGUCACUCUAAAGGUGUCAUAUUACAGCCUAUGCUGACAGUUAGUUUAGUGAAAACAGCAGUAAGCUGUAAGUUUAAAAGUCUAGGUUUCAUGUCUUAAUUAAGUUGGUCUGUGGUUGUGUUCUGAAAAUGGCCAUUAACUUAUUUCCAGCACUUACUAGUAAUUGAGGCCAGGCACUUCAUUAGCUUUUUGGUACUUAAACACAUGCGUGUGCAAUACCUAUUAAGAAGAAGACUUAUUUCAUUAAUCCCCCUUGGGAGAAAUUCAAUUUAUUCAACCCAUUGUUAUUAUAAAACACACACACAUAGGCCUGUAAUACACACAUGCACACCCAGGACCCACAGACAUGCAGUUAUUGGAAAAAGAGCAACAAGGCUGCAGCCACAUAGUCAUGCAGCAUUUAGGGCCUCUGUGUCCUACAUACCUCACGAUAACUGAGGGGAAAUUAACAAGACGUGAUUACAAUUUUCAUAUGGAUCAUCAACACAGAUGUCCUCUUGAAUGGUCCUCAAGUACUUGUGGCAAUAAGCUACAAGAAAAGAGACGUCCUGGGUUAGCAUAAGAGGCUGCAUUACCAUAAAAUCACAGCGGAGGGCGACUGUAACACACAGUGUGGUUGUGGGGCAGUAUGCUGUCUCCAGGAGCAGAAACAUUAUUAUUGGGUUGUAAGUGUGUAGCUGGAACUACGGACAUAAAUACUGCACCUUGAUCCCCAUAACCACUUAUGUCUGUUAAAGUGCAGACUAAUUCAAGUACUGACCAAUGCAGAUGUCAAAAUAAGGGAAAAAUCCCGUUAAAUAUUAAAGGAGCUACAGUACCAUGUCUGAACCUGCUUUUUUGCAACUUUUCUGUAGUCCAUCUUUGAUAUUAUGACUUUAGAAUUUUCUGCAUCGACUGCUGAUCUUUUAUCAGUAAUACAUGAGUACAUUUAAAGUUAAGUCAGACUUUUAUUGUCUUAAAUGUCUUUUCUCACACUGACUAAAAGUUCACAACAUUCACACCAAGGUGAAAACAGAGCAGGAAUGAAGUUUUUUUAUUUGAUAGCGCCAUUUGUUCUUGUUAACUUACCAAGCCUCAGCUCCAAAUUAGGGUUGAUUUCCUUGACAUCUUGAGAGUUUAGCACUAAACCAAGUGACUACACUGCAUAUUCAUCCCUGCACCCUGCACCAAAUCGCUGUUCGGCCUUUAUGUAGUUACAGUCAGAGAAGCUCCACGUCACCAUAAAUCGUCACUGUAACUGAUUUCCAGCUUGCUAACGUUACAUUAUUUCUGCAUUACCUCAGCUGGAUGCAAGAUGCAUGGUUGUUCAUAUGUGUUGAGCUGAGGAGAUGGGGACAUUAAAUCAGUGCUCAAGAACUCCAGAUGUUCCUUAGAGUGUCAGCUCAAAUAUAUAUGUGUAUGUGUGUCUGCAGUUGAUUUAUCCACACUGACCUGCGAUUCCUCUACUUGAGAAACUCCUAAAAGGCUGCAGGAAUGGCUUGUGUCCUUGUGAUCGCACACACACACACACCUACAAGAUGCAUCCAAAAUCUCAAUGACUCUGGGCUUUAGCUGUGGUUUCUGCUCUGUGCUCGCAUGACAAAGGCAGUUAUUGCCGUCUUUGGGUGAAGAAUUGUUUAAUCUGAGACACCUCCUAGUGCAGAUUUAAUAAACAGCCCACAAUCACAUAUAUUCUCAUGGGAGUGCACAGUAAUGUCAUGCAUGCACACACACCAACUAUUCUCACACUCAAUAUUUCGUUACAGACAAAAGGAGGUACUCCACUCUUUUCCCCCUCUUUCCUUCUCCCCACUGCUGUUACAUGACAUCCCCCUCCCUCCUCUCCUUCAGUCCCUUUCUGCUAUAAAUUUCUCCCUUUGCCUUUGCUAUUGAAUCAUAAAUCAUAAAUUCCCUUCCUGUACCUCUCUAUCUCCCUUGCCCUCCCUCUCUUUUUUAUUAUUACACAACAGCCCAGACUUGAUGUCAGAGGGCAGCCAUGUUUAAUAUGAGUGUUGUAUGUGUGUGGGAGUGAGUACGAGUGUGUAUCUUCUACCCCAGCCUUUCCUGUGGCCCUGGGUCCCCACCCCACCGGUGAGUUUGUCCAAUGCCACUUACACAGAUACAUGCACGCGUACACACACACUGAAACAUACGACACACCCUCACAUGCACAUGAGCAGGAAGUGGCACGUUAGCACGAGCUCAAACGUACAAUAUUCCCUUUAUUAUUCUCUACACAAACUCAAUAUUGGUGCACGCACAAGUGCUUAUAGACUGAGGCCCUGUUAACACUCACCACUGAGGUGCUGUUAACACUCCAGUAAGCAACAGGCCUAAAAUAUGUUUUUAACAAGGACUAUGGUGAACGUGGAAAUAUAUUCCCGCUACGUAUUUGUUCCAGAAACCUUUUAGAAAACAAGAGGUUACACAGAACAUGCAGAUAUUUCAACUUCACUCCCGCUCUAAUAGUUCCCCUGUGUGUUUUACACUCGCAUGUUCAGACUCUGGGCCCCUCGUGUGUUUAACAUGUUUGCUUGAAAAAUGGUGCAAACAGUCAAGCAGUACUUGUGCAAGAAGAUUUACUUGAAGGGGAGGUUUUAUAAUUAUUACCACUUUAUAACCUACAAUAUUAAUGCAUGCUGAGUGGAUCUGCAUAUUCAUCGUUCAUCAUUCAUCUCGAUGAAAGUGUGAUUGUGCAGAACAUCUAUCACUGCUGUUUGAAAGGCCAGAUGAUGAAACAGCUCGAGUUGUUUAUUCUGGAGCUUUUGACCACAUCUCUCCUUAUCAGAAGCCACGGUAAUGGAAUUAUAGACGUUCAAAUUUUUCAUCAUUCUGGCCACCUCGACUUCCAGGAUCUCAGAGAUAAUGUGGAAUUCAUGAGAGGAAUGCCGUACAGGGGUUCCUUCCUGUCACCUGACUCCAUCACUUCCUGCGUUGGGCUUCCUGCGUCUGGAUUUCCAAGGAGAAGGACCCUGGCUCCUGUAAAGAUGGCUGACGUGGUGCAGCCAGACCCCAACAGCCUGCAGAUACCUGGAAAUGACUGCAGCCAUUACACCGCUCACACCCUCAGCCCUCACCGGAAAGAGAUGAAUGAGUACAGAAGUGAUUAUAAGUUCAUCUGUAAAUCUCCCUCUCUCUCUGGCCUUCUUUCUCUCUCUCAGAGGGUGGAGGUCAGACCCAGGAUGGCCUGUCCCUUCUCAGUUGUCGUGGCGAUAGACUUUGGGACGACAUCCAGCGGCUACGCCUUCAGCUUCACACAGGACUCAGAAGCCAUACACAUGAUGAAGCGCUGGGAGGGCGGCGACCCUGGGGUGGCCAAUCAGAAGAGCCCGACGUGUCUGCUGCUGACUCCUGAUUUGCGGUUCCACAGUUUUGGGUUUGCUGCCCGGGACUUCUACCACGACCUGGACCCAGAGGAGGCCCGGCACUGGCUCUACUUUGAUAAGUUCAAGAUGAAGAUCCACAGCACAAGUGACCUCACCAUGGAGACGGAGCUGGAGGCGGUCAAUGGUCGAAGGGUCAGGGCCAUUGAAGUGUUUGCUCACGCCCUGCACUUCUUCAGGGAACACGCUCUAAAGGAGGUGAAGGACCAGUCGUCUUCAGUGUUGGAAGGAGAGGAGAUCAGAUGGGUCAUCACCGUCCCCGCUGUGUGGAGACAACCUGCCAAACAGUUCAUGAGAGAGGCUGCAUACCUCGCUGGUCUGGUGUCUCCCGACUGUCCCGAGCAGCUCCUCAUCGCUCUGGAACCUGAAGCUGCAUCCAUUUACUGCCGUAAGCUCCGCCUCCACCAGGUGAUUGACCUGAGCUUGCAGCCAAUCACAAAUGGCCUAGAUCUGGAGGGCUCCCAGCCCUUCGACUCCAGCUUCAGACAAGCGAGGGAGCAGUUGAGGCGAUCCAGACACAGCAGGACCUUCCUAGUGGAGAGUGGAACCGGAGAGCUGUGGUCAGAGCUACAGACUGGUGACAGGUAUAUUGUUGCAGACUGUGGAGGAGGAACAGUUGACCUGACAGUCCAUCAGAUCGAGCAGCCACAGGGAACACUUAAAGAGCUCUACAAAGCUUCAGGCGGUCCGUAUGGUGCCGUCGGAGUAGACUUGGCCUUCGAAGCCAUGCUGUGCCAGAUCUUUGGCGAGGACUUCAUCCAGAGCUUCAAAGCCAAGCGGCCGGCGGCCUGGGUGGACCUCACCAUUGCAUUUGAGGCUAGGAAACGGACGGCGGCGCCGGGCAGGGCCAACGCCCUCAACAUCUCCCUGCCCUUCUCUUUCAUCGACUUCUACAAGAGACACAGAGGGCAGAGUGUGGAGGCCGCACUGAGGAGGAGCAAUAUGAACAUAGUGAAGUGGUCGUCCCAGGGGAUGCUGAGGCUGACACAGGAAGCCAUGAAUGAGCUCUUCCAGCCCACCAUCAUCAAUAUUGUCAAACACAUUGAGGAGCUGAUGGCAAAGCCGGAGGUGCGCGGGGUGCGUUUCCUCUUCCUGGUUGGUGGUUUUGCAGAGUCGCCCAUGCUACAGAAAGCGGUCCAGAGAUCACUGGGGCGGACGUGUCGCAUCAUCAUCCCCCAUGACGUUGGGCUGACCAUACUGAAGGGUGCCGUGCUGUUCGGGUUGGAUCCCACUGUGGUCAGAGUGCGUCGAUGCCCGCUGACCUAUGGUGUUGGCGUCUUGAACCGGUUCGUGGAGGGGCGCCACCCACGAGACAAACUCCUCAUCAAGGAAGGCCGCGAGUGGUGCACCGACAUCCUCGACCGCUUCGUCUCUGUUGACCAGUCGGUGGCUCUGGGUGAGGUCGUGAGAAGGAGCUACACGCCCGCUCGUCUGGGCCAGCGGAAGAUCAUAAUCAACAUCUACUGCAGCACGACGGACGACGUCACGUACAUCUCCGACCCGGGAGUCAGGAAGUGCGGGACGAUAACUUUGGACCUACCGGAACCGUUACCGCUACCGGGAGCAGUGGGAGGAGCAGGAGGAGGAGCAGGAGGCCCAGAGAGGAGAGAGAUCAGAGCGACCAUGCAGUUCGGAGACACGGAGAUCAAAGUCACAGCCGUUGACAUCAUGUCUAACCGCUCCGUCCGGGCUUCCAUAGACUUCCUGUCUAACUGAGGAGGAGCAGGAAGUGGAGACGAGGAAUGGAAAACACAGAAAUAACUGAUUCUAAGGAUGAUAAUUAUAGAAAAAGCGGUACUUUGGGAGUGGGCGACAUGUUUUUUAUGGAAAGAACAGGAACUCACAUCCUGUAAUUCAGACAUUUAGGCUUUACAUUUACACAAAAAAACAACACAAGAGGAACAUUUUCCAACAUUUCGAGCCUUCACAAGUUCAUACUCAUCUCAAGAAAUGAUCAGUAUGUCCUCGACUGAAGGGCAGGGUGCCCUCUCUUUACAGAAAAGAAGACAUUCAUUUGUCUGCCUUCUGGCUUCAGCGGGGAGUUCAUCAUGUCACACCCUAUGUUGCUGUCAUAGGCAUUUCCUGCUUAGAAAAAUAUGCAGGGAAGCACUUGUAUGAACUCUGAGUACACAUCCCUGCUGCAAUGAACAGACACCUUCUAAUAUUCAUCCUGCCUGAAGAGUUUCAACUUUUGUUGCCAGUUUGAUCGUUACCUAGAGACUAAAUAAAGCAUUAUACUACCUAGAGUAAAACUCACUCAUUUUAAUCGUUAAAUAUGAAGACUCCUGCGUCAUAUAAUGAAUUACACAAAGAUAUCUCUGAUACCUCAUUUAAAUCCUAUUUCUCUAUCCAUUCUCUAUAUGGGAUAUUGAUACAACUACCUGGACUGCAGCUUUGUUUUUCUAAUGUGACCAUGAUUGUGCCUUACCCAGUGGUGGAAAGACUGAAGCUGAGAAUCAUGUUGGAUGAUAAAAGCUCUCCGGAUGCAUCAAAACACAACAUUAUUGUUGCAUUAUUUUACAUGUUUCCUAUAAAGUAUGUCACCUAUUCACAUCCAGGUGUAGCGUUUGGUAUCGGAAAUGUUUAACAGUUCAGGACAAUUGUUUUUUUUUUUUUUGUCUUUGCAAAUCAAGAUCAGGAGCUUUAUCUGUAUAUUUUCCAUCUUAUUCUUUGUGUGUACAAAAAUGGGAAAUUCAAACCAACUUUUAGCAGGAACCAAGCUUUGUUCUUUGAUAUAAAAAUCUUAACUCAAAGUCCACUUACUAGCUUUUCCCAGUGCUUUCAACCAUGUCGUUCAGUCUUCCUCAGCAGAUAGUUUGCUCCGUUGUCUUUAUUAGACGUUGCCACGUGACUUAGGUAUCCUCCUAAAUGUUACACACUGGACCUUUAAUACAACUGAGCUAUUACCAUGGCAACUGGGUAAAGUCCAUCAACUAAGGAAGACAGGCUAAAUGCAGUUGAAAGCUCUGGAAAAAGAGCACGUGGACCACGAGAUUUUUUUUGUCUAACUACAGUCUGUUUCUAAGGUCAAGAAUGAACCACCACAUUAAAGCUUCAAUUUGUCAUCCAACCGUAGUAAAUGCAGUAAAUUACUAAUGUAUUCUUUACAUAACUAUACAUACUGUAUAUAUUAAUGUGAGUUCAAAGGUGGAGGUGUUGGCACAAGUACGACAUGCACCCAAAGAAAAAGACAUCAUGUUGUCACAUUAGUCUUUUUAUGCUGUAAUAAACUGUAUUCAUGUUUAUGGCAAUUCUUUUUUUUUUUAACCUGUGCAGGUUGCAAGAUGAUAUAACAAAGAUCUUACAUUAUCUUACUUUGAUCAUCCAUGGCCACCAUACAUUAAAAUAAAAAACACUUGUACCACUUUCUUCCCCUGAUAUAUCAUGUUUUACUUUCCCUAUUUCAAUAUGAUUUACUUAAUCUAGUAAUUCUGCCACUGAUAUAUUGAUACACGAUGAUCAAACAAUCUUUUCUGUCCCUUGACCCCAUUUAAAAUAACACACAUAUGAACAGUCAACAGAAUGAUUUCAGCUGUGAAUUUAUUGAUGAGAAUGGUCCAAUAAAUAGUUUCACACAGCGUAACAAGUGAAUGGUUCAGAACUGCUCGUCAUCUUAUCAGUGCUUUACUUUCCAUGUUACACAUCAGUUUGUCACAAAACCAGAUGAGAAAUGAUGGAACAGCUUCAGGUCAGAGGAAGAGCUGACUUUAAGGGGGCAGGAGUGUGUUUAUUUCAAAACCAAAAGGGGGAACUGCUUUCAUUCUGCUUGUAUUUCAAUAUCACUUCUCAGUAAAAUGGCUACACGUGGAAAGAUACAGUGCUUGAAAUGUUAAACUGACGAGUCAAAGCUUCAGUAAGAAAAAAAAAAA